AGAAAAAAUACGUAAUUCAUGCAACUGCUAGAGCUCACUUGCAGGUCUCAACUCUAAAGUCUGUUGCGCUGAUUCAUUUCAUUUAUGACAACCUCUCUUCUCCACAAGGCUCACACUCACUUUCAGUCUCACUACUUUCAUUUGACUUUCUCAGCUUUACAUUCCUCCACCCUCGAGAGAAUGGCCUCUCUCUUUGAAUCCUGCAAAUCCAUGGACCAACUUAAGCAAAUCCAUUCUCACACAAUCAAAACAGGGCUGACAUCUAACCCUGUCCUACAAAAUAGAAUCAUAGCGUCUUGUUGUACACGUGAAUGGGGUGAUAUGAAAUAUGCGCGUCAAAUGUUUGAUACAUUGUCUGAACCAAGUGUGUUCAUUUGGAACACCAUGAUCAAAGGCUAUUCUAGGAUUGAUUUUCCUGAAAAUGGAGUCUCUAUGUAUUUAGAGAUGUUGAGUAGGAAUUUCAGGCCUGAUCGUUACACAUUCCCGUUCUUGCUGAAGGGAUUUACGCAUGAUAUUGCAUUGGAACGUGGUAAAGAGUUGCAUUGUCAUGUGGUUAAAUAUGGGUUUGAUUCUAAUGUGUUUGUUCAAAAUUCUUUGGUGCAUAUGUACUCUUUAUGCGGCUGGAUUGAUAUGGCUCGUGGUAUUUUUGAUUUGAGUCAGACAAGCGAUGUUGUUACUUGGAAUGUAAUGAUGUCUGGGUACAACAGAAUUAAGAAAUUUAUUGAAUCAAUAAAGCUUUUUGAUGAGAUGGAGAGAAAGGGACUGUUGCCCACUUCAGUUACCCUUGUUCUAGUUCUAUCAGCUUGCUCCAAAUUGAAGGACUUAGAUCAUGGCAAGCGGGUUCAUAAGUACAUAAAAGAAUGCAGGGUUGAACCUUCUUUGAUGUUAGAAAAUGCUUUGAUUGAUAUGUAUGCAGCUUGUGGGAAAAUGGAUCUUGCGCUUGGGAUUUUUCAGAACAUGAAGACCAGGGAUGUGAUUUCUUGGACCCCCAUUGUUGUAGGGUUUGCCAAUGUUGGAGAAGUUGAUUUAGCUAGGAAGUAUUUUGAUCAGAUGCUCGAAAGAGACUAUGUCUCUUGGACUGCCAUGAUUGAUGGAUACCUUCGGGUGAACCAAUUCAAAGAGGCUUUGGCACUAUUCCGUGAGAUGCAAACUUCAAAUAUAAAACCAGAUGAGUUCACUAUGGUUAGUGUUUUAACUGCUUGUGCACAUCUAGGGGCACUUGAAUUAGGAGAAUGGAUAAAGACAUAUAUUGAGAAAAACAAAAUUAAGAAUGAUAUCUAUGUAGGAAAUGCUUUAAUAGACAUGUACUUUAAAUGUGGGAACGUUGAAAAAGCACAAAGGAUUUUUAAGGAAAUGCCUCGGAUUGAUAAAUUUACAUGGACAGCGAUGAUUUUGGGUCUUGCCAUAAAUGGACAAGGUGAAGAAGCUCUUGAUAUGUUCUCUGAAAUGCUAAAAGCUUCAAUAGCGCCGGAUGACAUAACUUAUAUUGGUGUUCUUUGUGCAUGUACUCACACUGGCAUGGUAGAUAUGGGAAGAAAGUUUUUCAUUGACAUGACCUCCAAACAUGGGAUUGAGCCCAAUGUGGCACAUUAUGGGUGCAUGGUUGAUCUUCUUGGCCGAGCUGGAAAUCUAAAAGAAGCUCAUGAGGUUAUAAAGAAUAUGCCCAUGAAACCAAAUGCAAUUGUCUGGAGUGCACUUCUUGGUGCUUGUAGAAUACAUAAAGAUGUAGAAAUGGCCGAAAUGGCGGCUAAACAGAUUCUUGAGUUGGAGCCUGAAAAUGGGGCUGUUUAUGUUCUACUUUGUAAUAUAUAUGCAGCUUGCAAAAGAUGGGAAAACUUGCGCAAAUUAAGACAACUUAUGGUAGAUAGGGGAAUCAAGAAAACCCCAGGUUGCAGUUUGAUAGAGAUGAGUGGUAUUGUUCAUGAAUUUGUAGCUGGGGACCAUUCACAUCCUCAAUCUAAAGAAAUCUACUCAAAGUUAGAUGAGAUGACAAGAGACUUGAAAUUUUCAGGGUAUUCACCUGAUACAUCAGAGAUUGCCCUUGAUGUAGGGGAAGAAGAUAAAGAGACUGCACUUAACCGGCAUAGUGAAAAGUUAGCUAUUGCCUUUGCGCUGUUUAAUUCAGGACCUGGGGUCACAAUUAGAAUCGUGAAGAACCUUAGAAUGUGUGUGGACUGUCACCGAGUGGCAAAAUUAGUGUCCAAGGUUUACAAUAGGGAAGUAAUUGUUAGAGAUAAAACUCGAUUUCAUCAUUUCAGGCAUGGUUCAUGUUCAUGUAAAGAUUAUUGGUGAGAAUUUAAUAAAGGAGACUAUAAAUUGUUGAUCUAAUCUUA